AUGAAUCUCUACAACUGGGAGAACGAGUCACAUAACCGCCGCAGCAAGAUAAAAAAAACGGGGACCGUCGUUUUCCACGCCAAUGAAUCCGUAGAUGCUUCUUUCAGUAACCUGCAGAAGGAGUACCAGAUUGGACGAGAAGUUCACCCCUCUUUGGAUGGCGAUGAAAAGAAAGAGAAAAGGAAGGCGCCAUUAAUGACCGCGGCAACAGCGAAGGCCUUGGUAAAGAAAAUGGGAUUUACCAGCCUUUUACCGUGUCAGGCUCAGUGUUAUCGCGGCAUCUUUAAUCGUCGGGACGUCAUUCUUCAUAGCCGUACCGGAAGUGGCAAAACCUUGGCCUAUGCGCUUCCUAUCAUUGAGCGACACAUGAUACUGGAGAAACACGCCGAUGCAGCUGCGACCGGUCCAUUUCUCCUCAUCUUUGUCUUCAGUAACGAAUUAGCCGUACAGACGAAAGGUGUACUUAAAAAUAUUUAUCCUAAACUUCAUAUUUGUGUUGCAGGAUUUGAGGAUCUCGCCUCUCAGAGAUGUGACAUCGUGAUUGGCACAGUGCCUUCCAUUGAUGGGGCUAUCCGUGGCAAGCAAAAGGAUGAUAUUCAGAAAGGUCUUAAGCGAAAGCGUCAUAAUGAAGGCGAAGUGGAACAAACUGAAAAGGACGAUUUCAAUGACGACUGUGACGAUGAUAAUGAUGUGGAGGAAAACGAGAACGAAGAAGACUGUGGCAAUUUAACCGAGGGAAUCUUGGAGGCAGGUGCGGUGGAUGCCUCUGAAGUCCGUGCGAUUGUGAUUGACGAAGUAGACCUGACGCUUGGUCCGCGCUUCUCUAACACUGGACGCCGCAUGCGAAAUCUUCUCAAGUUUAUUCGCAAGGCCAACGGUUCCCUGACAGAUGGUUUGAUGAAGGAUUUUCGAUCCCACCACUACGUCCUCUGUGGUGCCACCAUCCCAAACUGGGUGCUGAAAGCUGGUUUCCUCGGCGUGAAGAAGUACUAUUACCAACUUGUGGCAGUCGGUAUGGCUAAGCUUCCGGAAAAAUUGGAGUGCUUUAUGCUGCAUUGUCCCUAUACCUCUCGAGUAAAAACGGCGGCACGCCUGCUUGCUGUGGAGAGUUUUGGUCGCACCGUGGUGUUUGGCACCAGGCGACAGAUUGAGGAGCUGGAAAAUGAACUCUCAGCCAAGAAACUGGAGUUGUCAUUUUGUUCGCUAAGCCCAUCCAAGGAUGAGAUUGACAGAAUUGCGGCACUGGAAGAUUUUAAUGGAGGCGUCGUCUCUGUCAUCCUUUGCACGGAUCUUGCCGCCCGUGGCUUGGACUUUGUGGAUGUUCACAUGGUGUUGAUGCUUUCCCUGCCAAUGUAUAACAUGUCCGUAGAGAAUUUUGUUCACCGUGCCGGAAGAACAGCGCGCAACUCUCAAAGCGGUAGGUGUCUCCUCUUACAAGAAGAGAGAGAGAAAGAUACAAUUGAGGCCAUUCAGAAAAACGCACAUGUUGUGUUCAAGGUAUACCUUCCGAGCGGUACAAAAGCGAAAGAUGGCGAUGCCACGAAAUCAACCCGAGGGAUGGAGAAUUAUCUCGCAGUUGCAAAACCAGCAGCGGUCAAGACCAAAACAACAACAAAAGGAAGUGUCACUUUUGCGCUUACGGUGAGGAAUCCAUUUAAGUACACCAAUCCCAAUGCCAUCGUGCCCUCCGCUAUAGAUGUGUUGAAGAAAAACCUUGGAGAGCUCUUUGUGAAUGCCAACAUUAUUGAAGACCAUCAUCGCGAAACCGUAACAUUUGAGUACCCUGCUGACGAAUCGCACGAAGUUAGGCGGAAGUUGUGGAAGUUUGCAUUGAAAGAAAUUACCCCAAACCAAGAAACGUAA